GGCUGGCCGGCCCUGCGCUGGGCGGCCUUAAAGGGGACUGGCGCCUUGUGGCCGGCCAAGUGAAAAUCCCAGGCCGGCGAAGGGAAGUCUCUCUAUCUCUCUGGCCGUCUCCCUUGGGGUCCUGCAAGCGGUGCGGGGACUGUGGCCGAAAGGCGGGCCGGCCCUCCCCAACGGGAGGAGCCUCUUUCGAACCCGGCUCCCGGGAAAUGCCCAGCAGGGAGCUGGAUCCCCUGCGUUAGGAUCGGGAACGCUUGAGCGCCUGGCCAGCCUUGCUCCGGCGGAGGGGACGCCGAUGAUGUACACCAUUACCAAGGGCCCGAGCAAGCUAGCCACGCAGAGGAGGACAGGUCCCACGCAGCAGGUGGAGAGCAAAUUGGUCGAUCUGAAAUGCCGGCGGCCGCAGCAGCAACAGCAGCAGCAACAGCAGCCGGAGCUGGGCUCGUGGCCCCUUGCAAGCCCCCUUCCCAAGCUUGUGUUCAACAGGGUCAAUGGAAAGAGAACCCCGUUGAUGAUCUCACCCCCCACAACCAUAGAGGAAAACUACACCGUAGCUCACGAAGAAAAUGUCCGGUUUGUGUACGAAGCUUGGCAACAAGUGGAACAACAGCUGGACAGUCGAGAGCAGGGAGACGGUCGAUCUGGCCCAGUACAAUACACAGAGAAAACACCCACUCCUGAAUUGAAAGAUUUUGUUCCCAUUGACCUGGAAGAUUGGUGGGCUCAACAAUUCCUGGCCAAAAUCAAGAAUGGCUCUUAAGGAAGGCAGGAGAGGCUGCUCCACAAGAGAAAAUUUUCAAUUUCACUCUUAAGAAAAAUGCAGGCGCCUCGGAGUGCAGCGAGUACUGGACAAAUGGAGGGGGAGGGGGCCGGCGGGGCACGAAGUUGGCUGCUCAGCUGGCCUUUGAAAAUGCUGAGCCGUUCCACUGCCCGGAAGAAGCCUGCAGAUCACACAUUGUGGGAAUGCUGGGGUGCCCAGGGAGGGGGGCCCGUGGGGGGCAUUCUCCUCCUCCCUCGGGCCUGGCACCCAGCGCCGAGUCCAUUUUUGGCCCCGGAGCCUAGACUGUGUGUUCACAAUAAACACGCCGACCCUGCCAGUGGUACAAAAGGC